GCGCCAGUGUGGACUUUGAACCGAUCAUCGCGGUGCUGCGGCGUUUGUUUGAUUGUCGUCUUUGUGGUGUCCUAACUGUAUUUUAUCUGCUGCUGGUAUUUCCGCGUGCGAGGAGAUAUGGCCUCACCCGUCAGGGAGAUCGAGGUGAACGUAGUGUCGUCACCGGAGUCGUCGAGCAGGACCGGAAGUCCUAUGCUGGCGGAGCACAGACUUGGUGGUACGGUUACGUGUUACUCGGCGGCUGGUGUAAGGAAUGUUGGUGAUGAGGAUGACGAGAAGAGGGACGAGAGGGAGACGGGGAAGAUCACGGCCACGCAGAAGUCGACGAAUUUCUCUAUAUCGAGCAUACUGUCGAGGACCGAACCGCCGACGAGGAAAGGGGUGUUCCUGGGGUCGACGACGCCGGGACAGGGAUUGCUCGAUCCGGCGGGGACGAAUAACGCAAUGUUGUCGAGGUUGGGUAUCAUGUCACACUUUGGUGCUUUGGCUGCCGCCAGCAACCGAUACGCUGCCCUCUGUGGUACCACCGCAGACCCAAGGACGUUACCAUGGUACUGGGGCCGUUUGCCUUCCCAAGUAACCACGGAUAAACUUAGCCCAACAGGAGGUUCCACCAACGACGAUCCCUCACCGCCCCUCUCGCCUCGCGACACCCAACCACCUACCUCCAGCCAUCUUGAAAGCCGGUGUUCCCGACCCUCGUCCCCCUCGGACACCCACCGCUCACCUCCCGGCUCACCAAACCCUUCGCUGCUGCCCAGCUCGCAUCCCGCCUACCUCGAGCCGGGCUACAGCCGCUCCAAGAGCCCUUACCGGGAGCAGGAGAACAUGGUGAUAGAUGAGGAGAUCGAGGACGACGAGAGCGACUACGACACGGAUCAGAAGGAGAAGAAGCUGCAGAACGCGGGCAUGAGCCCGGGCAGCUCGCUGUCGAACAAGAGGAAAAAGAAGACGAGGACGGUGUUUUCGCGGUCGCAGGUGUUUCAGCUGGAGUCGACGUUCGAUAUGAAAAGGUACCUUUCAUCCUCAGAACGAGCCGGUUUAGCGGCCAGUCUUCACCUCACCGAAACACAAGUGAAAAUCUGGUUCCAAAACCGACGAAACAAGUGGAAACGUCAACUAGCCGCCGAACUGGAAGCUGCCAACAUGGCACACGCUGCCCAGCGCCUAGUACGAGUCCCCAUCCUAUACCACGAGUCUGCCAGUUCCCCCAUCAGGCACGCCUUCGACCAAAACCACAGCCUAGCUCUGCAUCCCUCGCUAGAAGGCAGAGAAGGCCCUGGCACAGCUACCUCUUCAGCGUACUCCAGCUCAUUGUACUACCACCACCAGGCGGCCGUAGCGGCCGCAGUUCACAGCCUGCCCUCGAGUCCGGUGAAUAGGCCCCCCAUGUCGGGGCUGGUCUGAGAUUGACAGUGACCGGGUGGUGGUCAGUUGGGACGCCGCCCUCGAUCGCGACAACAGCCCCUGAAAACGAUUGAAUUGGGGGUUUUUGGCGGAAGUGUCCCGCCCUCAAGUGCAAAUAGUAACGUAAGGACAGCUUGGUGUACAUAUUUUUGUAUCUAUAUUUAUUUAUUGUAGCUUUUGUUGUAAAUAAUGUGAUCGAGCGGUCGCCGUGUAGUUACCCAGAUAUGCCAAAAAUAA